AUGGUUGUACAACUGCUUUUACUAGAUCUGAGCUUUUCUAAACACUGUGGCCCUCUGCCUAAUGCUGUACCUGAGUCAAACCUUGGUUGCGGACAAUCUCUAAAUGUGAAAUCUGAGAUAGGAAAUGACUCGAACGACUUUAUCUUCUAUGUCCAUGAACAUCUGCCAAGUCUGCUUUGUAUAUAUGAUGCCAAGAUUGAUAUUCAGGAAGCCAGUGUCAAACCAACUCCCACAGGAAAUUUUCGUAUUACCUCUCUUCUUUUGAUGCCCUGGGCAGAUUGGUCUAUCCUAAUCGGCACUCGAAACCAUGGAAUCUUCAUCUUGUCAGCCCUUGAUUUGAUGGUACUUGCAAAUAUCAGCCCGCCUCUCAUCGAUCUUCGAUUUUUUAGAGGUUCUGACGGUAUUCUAUCAGCAAGCUUGCCCUUUAACUCUUCGUCCAUUCAAAGCGUUGCGUCGAAUGCUGGGCUCAGAGAUCAAUUUUACUGGCCUAGUCGGCCCCUGUGGUUGCAGGGCGAAGAUGCGAACCCCCUU